AACAAAAAAAAACUGAUUCCGAUUUCAGAUCAUUUGGUAGGAUAAAUCGAAACAAGAAAACAAGCCACUGUCCAUUCUCUUCAACACUGGACUGCACUUUGCAUUUGGAAUAUCAGUUCUUCAAUGGCGAAGAACUAUGUCAGAGAGAAUGUGCCACUCUCGCGAUUCGGCGUGCUGGUGGCGCAGCUUGAGUCCAUUGUCGCGUCCUCCUCUCAACAAUCCCCGGAUCCUCUCCUCUGUUUUGAUCUCCUCUCCGAUCUCAUCUCCGCCAUAGACGAAGAACCCAAGGAGUCUAUUUUGUUGUGGCAAAGAAAAUGCGAGGAUGCAUUAUAUUCAUUGCUUGUUCUUGGGGCGCGACGGCCGGUGCGCCAUUUGGCGUCAGUAGCCAUGGCGAGAAUUAUGUCUAAAGGGGAUAAUAUUUCUAUAUACUCGAGAGCUAGCAGUCUCCAAGGGUUUCUUUCUGAUGGGAAGAAGAGCGAACCCCAGAAAGUUGCUGGUGCUGCACAAUGCUUGGGAGAAUUAUAUCAGCACUUUGGAAGAAGAAUUACAUCGGGAUUGCUUGAAACAACUAUUAUUGCAACCAAACUUAUGAAGUUUCAUGAGGAGUUUGUGAGACAAGAAGCUUUACUGAUGCUCCAAAAAGCUUUGGAAGGUUGUGGUGGUAGUGCUGCUUCAUCAGCAUAUAUUGAAGCCUUUCGUCUCAUCACACGUUUUGCUGUUGGGGAUAAAUCAUUUGUUGUGAGAAUAGCUGCUGCUCAUUGUCUGAAGGCAUUUGCCAGCAUUGGAGGACCUGGUUUGGGACUUGGAGAACUUGAGAAUUCAGCAUCUUAUUGUGUCAAGGCCCUUGAGGAUCCUGUAUCAUCUGUCCGAGAUGCAUUUGCUGAAGCUUUAGGUUUGUUGCUAGCUCUUGGAAUGGAUCCUGAGGCACAGGUUCAACCCAGGGGAAAGGGUCCUUUUUCUCCUGCAAAGAAACUAGAAGGUUGUUUGCAGAGGCAUUUAGCUUUGCCCUUCACAAAAGUGAGUGGAAUUCGGUCGAAGGACAUUAGAAUGGGCAUAACCUUAUCUUGGGUAUCCUUUUUACAGGCUAUUCGUCAUAAGCAUCUACAUCCAGAUAGUGAGCUUCAAAACUAUGCUGUGCAGAUUAUGGAAAUGCUUCAUGUAGAUGCUUCUGUUGAUGCCCAUGCACUGGCAUGCAUUCUUUAUAUAUUGCGCGUUGGUGUAACUGAUCAGAUGACUGAACCUACUCAAAGGGGCUUUCUGGUGUUCCUUGGAAAGCAGCUUGAGUCUGCAGAUGGCAGUCCUUCCAUGAAAAUUGCUGCUUUACGAACUUUGUCAUACACAUUGAAAACGUUGGGUGAGGUUCCAUCAGAAUUCAAGGAAGUAAUUGACGACACAGUUGUUGCUGCUGUUUCUCAUUCUUCACAACUUGUACGCAUUGAGGCUGCUUUAACAUUGCGUGUAUUGGCUGAGGUUGAUCCUACAUGUGUUGGUGGUUUGAUUUCCUACGGAGUAACCACACUAAGUGCUUUGAGAGAAAAUGUUUCUUUUGAAAAGGGGAGCAAUUUGAAAGUUGAGCUUGAUUCUUUGCAUGGACAAGCUACAGUCGUGGCAGCUUUGGUGUCCGUUUCACCCAAAUUACCUCUUGGUUAUCCAGCUAGAUUGCCUAGAUCAGUGCUUGAAGUUUCAAAGAAAAUGUUAACAGAACCUAGUCGCAACCCUAUGGCUGGAACAGUUGAAAAAGAAGCUGGAUGGCUACUUCUAUCGUCUUUAUUAUCUUCUAUGCCAAAGGAGGAGCUUGAAGACCAGGUCUUUGAUAUUCUUUCAUUGUGGGCUCCACUCUUUGGUGGAAAUCCAGAACAAGAUAUUAAGCAAAUUGGGGAUUUGACAUCAAGAAUUAGCGUGUGGUCUUCUGCUGUUCAUGCACUUACAGCAUUUAUAAAAUGCUUUAUUUCUCCUAGUGCUGUGAACAAUGGAGUCCUACUUCAACCAGUAAUGGUAUAUCUGAAUAGUGCGCUGUCCUAUAUACUACUGCUGCAAAGCAAAGAACUAGCAAACAUUAAGCCAGCAUUUGACAUAUUCAUGAUCAGAACAUUAAUUGCUUAUCAAUCAAUUCCUGAUCCAAUGGCAUACAAAAGCGACCAUCCCCGGAUUAUCCAAUUAUGUACAGUUCCAUAUAGGGAUGCUUCUAGAUGUGAGGAAAGCUCAUGCUUGAGGUUGCUGCUUGACAAAAGAGACGCAUGGUUGGGUCCUUGGAUUCCUGGAAGAGAUUGGUUUGAAGAUGAACUUCGUGCUUUUCAAGGCGGGAAAGAUGGCCUUAUGCCUUGUGUGUGGGAGAAUGAACCCUCAAGUUUUCCUCAGCCUGAAACAAUAAAAAAGACAUUGGUGAACCAGAUGCUCCUCUGCUUUGGAGUCAUGUUUGCUUCUCAGGAUAGUGGUGGGAUGCUGCAACUUCUUGGAAUGGUUGAGCAGUGUAUAAAAGCUGGAAAAAAGCAAACAUGGCAUGCAGCCAGUGUUACAAAUAUAUGCGUGGGAUUGCUUGCGGGGUUAAAGGCUUUGAUAGCUUUACGUCCUCAACCUUUAGGAUCUGAGAUAUUAAAUCCAGCACAAGCUAUAUUUCAGAGCAUUUUGGCAGAGGGAGAUGUUUGUGCUUCCCAACGUAGAGCAUCAUCGGAAGGUCUUGGUCUUCUAGCUCGCCUCGGAAAUGAUGCUUUUACAGCCAGAAUGACAAGAUUGCUUCUUGGUGACCUUACUGGGGCGACAGAUUCGAACUACGCUGGAUCACUAUCUUUUGCACUUGGAUGCAUUCAUCGCAGUGCAGGAGGAAUGGCAUUGUCAAGUUUAGUGCCCGCAACUGUGAGCUCAAUAUCAUCACUGGCUAAAAGUACCACCACUGGUUUACAGAUCUGGUCCCUGCAUGGACUUCUUUUGACUAUUGAAGCUGCUGGUUUCUCGUAUGUAUCUCAUGUUCAGGCAACACUUGGCCUGGCUAUGGACAUUCUUUUUUCUGAAGAGAAUGGAUUGGUUGACCUUCAGCAAGGAGUUGGCCGUCUUAUAAAUGCUAUUGUUGCUGUACUUGGUCCUGAACUUGCCCCUGGCAGCAUUUUCUUUUCACGCUGCAAGUCUGUCAUUGCAGAGAUAAGCUCCUGGCAAGAAACUGCAACAUUGCUCGAGAGUGUCCGUUUUACUCAACAACUUGUUCUUUUUGCCCCACAAGCUGUUUCUGUGCAUUCUCAUGUGCAAACUCUCCUCUGGACUCUGUCCUCAAGACAGCCAACUUUACGGCACCUUGCUGUCUCCACCCUACGACAUCUAAUUGAAAAGGAUCCGGUCUCCGUUAUUGAUGAGCAAAUAGAAGAUAACUUGUUUCGCAUGCUAGAUGAGGAAACUGAUUCUGAGAUUGGUAAUCUGGUACGUGCCACAAUUAUGCGUUUGCUGUUUGCAUCAUGCCCUUCUCGUCCAUCUCACUGGAUAUUGAUAUGUCGUAAAAUGGUUCUCUCUACAUUAGCAAGACAACUUACUGAAGACAAUAGUGACACAGGAAAUUAUAAUCUUAAUGGUCCAGACAGUGACUCACAAUUAAACUUUGGAGAAGAUGAUGAAAAUAUGGUCUCUGGAUCUAAGGGCACACCAGUGCAAGGUUAUGCAUAUGAAGCUUCCAACGUUAACCCUAGUAGAGAUAAGCACCUCAGAUACCGAACAAGAGUUUUUGCUGCUGAGUGCUUGAGUCAUCUGCCUACAGCUGUGGGAAACAAUCCAACUCAUUUUGACCUCUCUUUGGCAAGAAAAAGACCAACUGAAGUUAUAUCUGGAGAUUGGUUGGUCCUCCAUGUGCAAGAGCUGAUUUCAUUGGCUUAUCAGAUAAGCACAAUUCAGUUCGAAAACAUGCGACCAAUUGGUGUGGGACUUCUUACUACCAUUGUGGAUACGUUUGAAACAAUACCUGACCCAGAGCUUCCAGGACACCUUCUUCUGGAACAGUACCAGGCCCAGCUAGUAUCUGCUGUCCGCACUUCCUUGGAUACUUCUUCUGGCCCUAUUCUUCUGGAGGCAGGUCUGCAGUUGGCUACUAAGAUAAUGACAAGUGGAAUACUGGGUGGUGAUCAAGUUGCUGUCAAACGAAUAUUUUCAUUAAUUUCUCGGCCACUGAAUGAGUUUAAUGAUGUUUAUUAUCCUUCAUUUGCAGAAUGGGUCUCGUGCAAGAUCAAAAUAAGACUUUUGGCUGCUCAUGCCUCUCUCAAAUGUUACACAUUUGCAUUCUUGAGGAGACAUCAUAGUGGGGUUCCAGAUGAGUAUCUUGCACUAUUACCAUUGUUCUCAAAGAGUUCAAAUAUUCUGGGGAAGUACUGGAUUGGUGUUCUGAAGGACUACAGUUACAUUUGCUUGCACUUGAACCUCAAGAAAAAUUGGAAACCAUUCCUUGAUGGAAUUCAAUCACCUCUAGUUUCAUCAAGAUUGAUUCCUAGUUUAGAAGAAGCAUGGCCAGUAAUUUUACAAGCACUUGCUUUGGAUGCUGUUCCUUCAAAUGUGGAUGGAGGUUUUAGGACAGCUAUUGAAAAUACUUCACAAAAUAGUUUAAUAUCUAAUUAUAGCAUGGUUGAAUUGGAAUUGGAGGAAUAUCAAUUUCUAUGGAGCUUUGCUUUGCUUGUUCUAUUUCAGCAACACCAUCCAGCAAUUAAUAGACAAGUAAUAUGUCUAAACACGGCUGAUGUUCGAUAUGGUGGAGAUUCAACAAUUGAAGAAACAAAUUCCACAACGUUGAAGUUAUAUGAAAUUGUGCUGCCCGUUUUCCAGUUUUUAUCAUCAGAAAGAUUUUUCACUGCUGAGUUUCUUACUGCAGAUAUUUGUCAAGAGUUGCUGCAGGUUUUCUCAUACUCCAUUUACAUGGAUAAUUAUUGGAAUAGUCUGGCCAUUUCAGUUCUAUCACAGAUUGUGCAGAAUUGCCCUGAUGAAUUUCUUGAAGCAGAAAAUUCUGGUUAUCUGGUUGUAGAACUUCUUUUGGCUUAUAUCUUCAAUGUUUUAGAGAGCACUGAUGAAUCUGGUCACCCUAACUGGGAGGACUUGGCAUCUCCACUAUUUAUCACGGCAAAGACAAUUGUGAGGCGUUUUGAGCAAAAGAUGCAGAAGAAAUUAAAAUCUGUAGCACUGGCCUUUCUAUUAGUUGGCUACAAGUGCAUGCGAGAAGCUUCAACUGAAUUAUGCUUUUCAGCAGUUAAUGAUUUUGUCAGAUGCACCAACCCCUUGUUGAAGGAAUUUGUUGACGAUUCUGAGCAUGGUGAUGAUGGAAGUCCCCAUCUGAGAGCAAUCCUUGGAACUUGCCUGAAUUUGAUUGCUGAUUUGACCAAGGAUUGCAUCAAGGGCAUACAUUUUGUGGAGAAUAAAAGAUCUGAGUCACGCAAGCUAUUGCAAUUAAAGCUUUCUUUCUCGCUUGAACAAACAAUUUCAUUGGCGAAGGUAGCUUGUCAAAUGAAAUGUCUCGGAGAAACCAAAAGCAGAAGCCCUUUCUGUUUUACUGUUUUCAAGUACUGCAGUAAAUAUUUCCAAGCUGUACUGAGCGACUCAAAUCUACAGGUUCAAGCAAUUGGAUUGCAAGUUCUGAAAACCACAUUACAGAGGAGCACCGACAAGGAAGACAUUACUUUCCUCAUAUUCUUUUGUGGAGAGCUUGUUACAGAUAUCUUAACCAUGAUGCAGACAAAGUUGAAGAAACCUGCUAGUAAAGAAUCUGUAGUUAUUGCUGGCGAGGGCUUGAGAUUCCUAGCACUUCUACAAACAGUUUCAAAGGCUAGUGAAUGUCAGAGAGGUUUUAUGACUCUGCUUCUCAAUGCCAUUGUCAUGGUCUUCUUGGCAUUGGAUGAUAACUCUUCACAGGAAGUCAUUGAUUUAAGAAGCACUGCUGUAAGGCUUGUUUCUCAUCUUGCUCAAGUUUCUUCCUCAGCUGUUCACUUCAAGGAUGUCUUGUUAUCAAUGCCUCCAGCACAUAGGCAACAGCUUCAGGGGGUUAUUCGUGCAUCUGUAGCACAAGAUUACAAUGCAAUGCUGAUGAAACCUACAACACCUUUAGAAAUAAAGUUACCAGUGCCAAAAGAUUCCAGACCAUUGGCUGUAUCAUCAUUUCCCGCAGAUGAGAUUAAAGAAAAAAAUUCUCCCCCAUCAGCAGCUUCUACUAGUUCUGACAAGGAUAGUGUGGAUGAGGGACAAGAUGAUGAAGAUGACUGGGAUGCUUUCCAGUCUUUCCCUGCCUCUACAGAUACAGCUGGAAAUGAUUCAAAAGUUGAGAGUGUUGCAGAAGAAUCCGGAGUGGCCAAAACUUUUGUUUCGGAAAUCAAAUCUGGAAUUGAUGACAUUCAGGAGUUUUCUACAUCACAGCCUAUAAACAAAGAUGAUAUGGACGUAACAGAGCAUCAAGAAGCUGGUGAAAUGGAAGUAAUUUCUGAUAGCUCGGGAGACGAAAAUAAGAUGGAAGGAAACCAUGAUGUCUCUGCACAACUAAAUGAUCAACCUAAAAGAGAAGAGAAACUGGUGCGAAGCCAAGAGGGUGAAGGAGGAGCAGAAUCAAGCCAAGGAAAUAUGAAGAUCUCAUCUGAUCUUCAAUCUGUUGCAGAUGCAGAAGGAUUGAUUCAAGUGAAUGUAGGGGAGGAGUAUGAACAGUUAAAGGGGAGCCAAGGAAAUGAUAUUGAUCUUCUAGUAUCAUCCGGUGAUCUUCAACCAGUUGAAGAAAGAGGAUCAGUUGAAGUCAGUCUAGCUGAGGGCCAUAAUAAAAAUGAUAUUCCAGCAACAUCUGACAGUUUGCCUCCUGAAAAACCUUUUGAUAGAGAAAGCCAAUGAAAACAGACAAUGAAGCCUACAGAAAAACUUUGUGGAGCAGUUUUUAUACUCAAAUUGAAGGAUGAAAAUAAAAAUAAUGACCGGCAUCAAGAGAGAGGUGAUUAUCUGGAAUUAUCAAAUGCUCAAGAAAAUUAGUAAAACAGACAGUAAUUUCCACAUAGAACAGCAUAUAUAAAAAGCUGAUGAGGACGAUGUGAACAGAACAAUGGUUGUAAACAAGUCAGCGACAGAGUGUUGACCAUUUGGAAUUUGCCAAAGUGCCUAGAGUCACUCAGUUAGACAGAUGAUUUGUGUAAUAUGUUGUUAAUGAUGGGGGGUUUGUUAUAAACUAGGUCUAAAAGGGCGAUUGAUUGUUAUCCAAUUAGUUUGUGCUUGAAUUGUCUAGAUAUGUCAGUUCGAUUCACGUGCUAUUCUUCAGAUCAAUUUUUAUCUAUUCACUCAAAUGUUUUUACCUGAAAAUAUUGGAGGCACGAUUCUACAUGGCUGUUCGAUUUUGCUAUCAGUCAUGCUUUUAUAUUCCAAGUGUCUCAGCAUUGUUAUUGCCCUUGGGAUCAUAAUGAAAUUCUAAAUUUUGUGCA